CUUCAGUUGAGGAGAGUGCCUCAGAGAGAAAAUGUCUGUUGUCGAGUCACUGCUGCAGUUUUCCAGCACAGGUACAUUACUGGGAGCGUUGCUGAUGCUUCUGGUUUUGUAUUUGCUUUCCUCUGGAUCCAAAUCUCAGAAAGAAGGGAAAGAGCCACCGGGACCCAAACCACUGCCGCUGUUGGGGAACCUGCUGACCCUUGACCUCACGAGACCCUUUGACACCUUUUUUGAGCUCUCCAAAAGCUACGGGAACAUAUUCCAAGUGUUUUUGGGUCCCAAAAAAACUGUGGUCUUAGUUGGAUACAAAACCGUCAAAGAAGCUCUUGUGAAUCAUGCAGAAGAGUUCGGCGACAGAGAUAUUGCACCUAGUUUCAGGAUAAUGAAUGACGAACAUGGGAUCAUCUUUUCCAAUGGAGAGAACUGGAAAGAAAUGCGACGCUUCGCUCUCAGCAACCUGCGGGACUUUGGGAUGGGCAAGAGAGGAAGUGAAGAGAAAAUCAUAGAGGAAAUUCAGUAUCUGAAAGGAGAGUUUAAUAAGUUUGAAGAGAAACCCUUCGACACGACACAGCCGGUGAACUACGCUGUGUCAAACAUCAUCUCAUCUAUCGUGUACGGCAGCAGAUUUGAAUACACAGACCCUCAAUUCACUGAAAUGGUCGACAGAGCAAAUGAAAAUGUUCGGGUUAGUGGAUCGGCAUCUAUGAUGAUUUAUAAUAUAUUUCCGUGGUUGGGUCCAAUCCUAAAAAACAAAAGGAUUAUUGUAAACAAUAUUGUGCAAAGUAGACAACAGAUGAUGAAGUUGAUCAAUGGACUUCUGGAGACUCUGAAUCCACAAGACCGCAGAGGAUUUGUCGACUCGUUUCUCAUCCGCAAACAGAACGACGAGCAAUCAGGCAAGAAGGACUCCUAUUUUCAUGAGGAGAAUCUUAUGAUGUCUGUGACAGAUCUGUUUAUCGCUGGUACCGACACCACAGGAACGACUCUGCGCUGGGGUCUGAUGCUUAUGGCUAAAUACCCUCAUAUACAGGAUCGAGUUCAGGAGGAGAUUGACAGAGUGAUCGGUGGACGUCAGACAGUGGUGGAAGACAGAAAGAAAUUACCUUAUACAGAUGCUGUGAUUCAUGAAACCCAGAGACUGGCAAACAUAGUGCCCAUGAAUCUCCCUCAUAUGACCAGCUGUGACGUUACCUUCAAUGGAUACUUCAUCAAGAAGGGCACCAUUGUAGUUCCUCUGCUGACGUCUGUUUUGAAGGAUCCGAGCGAAUGGGCAAAACCAAACAGCUUUUACCCAGAACACUUCCUUGAUGAGACGGGCCAGUUCAUCAAGAGAGAUGCUUUCAUGCCCUUUUCUGCAGGACGCAGGAUGUGUCUUGGAGAGGGUUUGGCCAGGAUGGAGCUCUUCCUGUUCUUCACCUCCCUCCUUCAGAGCUACCGCUUCACGACUCCACCUGGAGUGUCUGGAGAUGAGCUGGAUCUCAAAGGAGUAGUCGGAGUCACGGUGAAUCCAUCGCCACACAAGCUGUGUGCGAUCAGACGCUCCUGAUUGAAGAAAAUAAAAUCAGAAAACACAGAAACAUGAUUGUAGCAUGAUUUGGGUGUUGUUUUUUUUCAUUUUACAGUAUUUGCUCUUCUGAGUGAAUGUAUACAGUGCAGUGGCGGCUUGUCGGGGGAGGCAGGGGAGGCACAGCUUCCCCAAAAUUUUGAGGUGAAAAUGA